GAAGUUAGCUAUUGGCGAAGUAUUUUCAAAGAAUACAAAAUGUGCGAUGUGCGUCUUUGUUGGUAUUUUCAAAGAAUAUAGAGGCAUAAAAUAAAAUCUCUAUAUUCUUGCGUUUGUAUUAUAUGCGUCUAUUAUAUUCUUUGGUAAUAUACUCUUAUUUUUAAAGUGUGUUAAUGUUAAGAAAAAUACUGAGUUUUUAUUUCUUUACUAAAUAUAUAUAAAUUCCAGUCAAAUGGAAAAAGUAAAAUCUGAAAUCAAAGAAGAGGUUCCAGACUUAUCUUUUUGUAAUUAUGAUAAUUAUGCAAGUCAAUUAAAAACGGAACUGGAGGUUGAAGAUGUGAAAGUUGAACCAAACCAAAGUGGCAAUUUUAAUACCGAAUUUAAUACAUUGGAGGAAAAUUCCAGAAGUCACUGUGAGUUUUCCCAGAAGAAAUUACUGAAAAUGGAAGUUAUGAAAAGGAUUCCUGAAGAGACAUAUAAUAAAAAACAACAAAUAAGUGUAAACCCUGAUGUAACAACAUUAAACAAUUCUAUUUGUCCUAAAGAUUUCCCUGACAAAAAUAAUUUAAGGAAACAUCCGAAGGAUAGCACUGGAGCACAACGUUACAAAUGUGAAAUGUGUUUUAAGCAGUUUAAUAAUAAAUCUAAUAUGAAACAACAUCUGAGCGUACACACUGGAGAGAAGCCAUACAAAUGUGACAUGUGUUUUAAGCAAUUUGCUAAUAAAUCUAAUAUGAAACAACAUAUGAGUGUGCACACCAGAGAGAAGCCAUACAAAUGUGAAAUGUGUUUUAAGCAGUUUACUAGAGCAGAAAGAUUGAAAUUUCAUUUAAGAGUACAUACCGAUGAAAAGCCUUAUAAGUGUGAAAUUUGUUUUAAGCAGUUUGCUGAAGUAACUAAUAUAAAACAGCAUAUGAGGGUGCACACUGGGGAGAAACCAUACGAGUGUGAAAAUUGUUUUAAGCCAUUUAGUACAAUGCAGAAUUUAAAAAGGCAUUUGCGACUGCACACUGGAGAAAAACCGUACAAGUGCGAAAUUUGUUUUAAGCAGUUUACUCAAGAAGUUCAGGUGAAACAACAUAGGAUAUUGCACACUCCAGCAACAGCUUUCAAGUGUGAAGUCUGUUUUAGACAGUUCAGGUUACCGCAAAGUUUUAAACGACAUAAAAAAACACAUACUGGAGAAAGACCUUACAAGUGUGAAAUAUGUUUUAAGCGAUUUUUUGAAGCAUAUAAGUUGAAAAUACAUAUGAGAAUACACACUGGAGAAAAACCGUACAAGUGUGACAUUUGUUUUAAGCAUUUUACUGAUAUAUGUAAUAUAAAACAACAUAUGAGAGUGCACACCGGAGAGAAGCCAUACAAGUGUGAAAUUUGUUUUAAGCAAUUUAGUACAAUGCAGAAUUUAAAAAGGCAUUUGCGAGUGCACACUGGAUAAAAACCGUACAAGUGCGUAAUUUGUUUUAAGGAGUUUACUCAAGCAGUUCAGAUGAAACAACAUAGGAUAUUGCACACUCCAGGAACAGCUUUCAAGUAUGAAAUUUGUUUUAAGCAGUUCAGUUUGCCGCAAAGUUUGAAACGACAAAAAACAUACUGAAGAAAGACGUUACAAGUGUGAAAUGGGUUUUAAGCAAUUUUUUGAAACAUAUAAGUUGAAAAUACAUAUGAGAAUACACACUGGAGAAAAACCGUACAAGUGUGACAUUUGUUUUAAGCAGUUUACUGAUAUAUCGCUGUCCUGGUGGAACAUUGACGUAACUGCAAAUUCAUGGAAAAUGAGUUUGUGUCUUCAUUGGAUCCAAACUUGGUUAAUCCAUUCGUCAGAUCACUGUCAGACGUGUUGUUCAGAAUUUAGCCACCAGGGAGCAGAUGCCUCAUAUUUGAAAAAUCAGCAGAUCUCGGAGAAACAAUGACAGAGUUAUUGUGUAUAGUUAUGCUUCGAUAGGUCGAGUAUGUGCUUAUACCUACGGUGCUACAUUGACGCUAUUGUAUUUUUAUGUUAUUGUUGAUCUAAGGUUUUUCCACAUAUACGCGGAAACAUUGACGUAACUGUAUUCUGUCUUAUUUUUCAUCUGGAUUUCUCCUUAUUCUGAGGCAACAUUGACAUAAGUGCAUUUUAUGUAAGUAAAAUAUGCAUCCCCAAACACCAACACUUAGUAAUGCUCUCUUAGUCAAGAAGGAAAAAAGACAAAGGAUAGUAGAUACUUGGUUGAAAGAAAAGAAGAAAGUACUAAAGAAUUCUGGACAGGGGUAUACUUCUAGAACAAGAAAACCUGUAGCUGCGAAAAAAAUGGGACCUGUGUGUACCGACAAAUACCGUUUGAAAUGUCCAAAUAGGGUAUCUGAAGAGCUGAGAGAGACACAGUUUAAAUAAUAUUGGGCAUUAGGGUUCUUGCAAAGUCAGUGAGAUUUUUGGCUUCUUGUAUUCAGCCACUUGAGUUGAGCUACCGACAGCUUCAACAGCGAAUUUAAUAUAGGGUUUUUAUCCUGAAGAAAGAUCUUUGUGACCAAUAGGAAUCUUUUAAAAAUGGCGGAGCAGAAAAAUAAGAAAAUAUGCAAACAAAUAUUGAAAUUCACUCAGGGGAAAAGGAUCUAAGUCGCAAAGAAAAAACUAACGAUAAACUUAAAACAAAAAAUUUUGAUAACAAUAUACAUCUGGCUACUUAUGAUUUACAAGCAGUGUUACCUGUACCAAUAGGACAAAGUUUUGCAUUUUUUUACAAAUUUCGCUUAAACUAUUGUAACUUUACAGUAGUAGAAGCUAAGGCGAAAAAAUGCCAAGUCUCCGAAACAGAUAUCACUUAUGAAAUUGAUAAAGUUACUUUUGGAAUGACGUGAUGGGGAAUAGAGAGACAAUAGAAAUCGCAUCUUGCGUUUAUUACUAUCUAAAAGAAUUGUCAAUAACCAGCCCAGGAGUUAUUCUGAUUUUUUAUUCCCAUAACUGUGGAGGCCAACAAAAAAAUAACUUUAUAAUAGCCAUGUACCUAUUUGCUGUCAAUACUUUGGACAUCAAUUCUAUUACUCACAAGUACCUUGUUCGCGGUCACACCCAAAAUGAAGGUGAUUCAGUCUACAGCAUAAUAGAAAAAGCAGUGAAUAGGACAACCAAAUCAAGGCCCAUAUACAUUUCCGAGCAAUACGUUGAAUUAUUAAGAAAUGCUAAAAAAACAGGAGCUUCUUUAACCGUUAAUCAAAUGGUUUUUACUGAGUUUUACGAUGUAAAAGCAAUGUAGAAUGAAAUGGGACUAGAUUUCACCAAAGACGAGGAAGGCCGUGACUUCAAAAUAACUGAAAUAAUAUUACUUCAAAUUUUAAAAGGGAAAUAUAACUUUCUAUAUAAAAAAAGUUAUAAACAACCAACGUGGACGAAAGUUGAUGAAGAAUUCCUUUAGGUGAUAACAAACUAAAAGAUUUAAAACAGUUACUUUCAAAAAAUAAUUCCUGGAUUUUGUAAAGCCUUUUAGAUUCAAUUUUUCGUUGAUACUUUUUUUGAAAAUUUUAAUUUUAUUUUUAAGUUUCUUUUUAUUAAAGAUGUUUGCUUUUACUACAAUUUUCAAUUUGUUUAAUAAACUUUUUCAAUGA